UACAUGACUGAUCUGGACAAAGCUGGAUGGAGAACAAUAUCCUUCAGUCCUUUGCUUGCACACAAACCAAGUGCAAAAUUAAGCACCUAAAUCCACCCUGGGAAAGUGGUCAGUGAAGCAAAGGAGGAAGGCACUGGUUUGCAGCAAUGGUAAAGGAAGAUGUAAAUGACACUGAAGAUUCUGAACCAUCAGUAUGUGAGAGAAAUGGCAUGAUUCCCAUGCAUGAGCAAAGUGAGCAGGGACCAACAGCAGAUGCCAAAGGUACUGAUGGGAAUGUACAAACAGAAGAAACUGCUCUCUUGAAUCACUGCUCUCAGCAACCUCCAGAACCAACAGCAGGGUCUUCAUUACCUGCAAGAACAUGGAGGCAAAUAUUUGCUUGUCCUCCUCAGGGUUUAUUGGCCCAAACAGUGACAAAUGUUGCAUUUGUGGUCCUGGUUUGGGCUGUGGUUUGGUCCAUAACUGGGGCUGAGUGUCUCCCAGGUGGAAAUCUCUUUGGAAUUUUGUUUCUUUAUUUCUUUGCUGUCAUCGGAGGUAAAAUUUUUGGAUUAAUUAAAAUACGAACACUACCCCCUCUCCCUGCUCUCCUGGGGAUGCUACUUGCUGGUUUCCUAAUCCGAAAUACCCCAUUCAUCAGUGACUUUGUCCAGAUAAACCUACGCUGGUCUGCAGUACUGAGGAAUAUUGCUCUUUCCAUUAUCUUGACCCGAGCAGGACUUGGCCUGGAUCCAAAGGCUCUUAAGAAGCUCAAAGCUGUCUGUUUACGGCUUGCUUUCGGACCGUGCCUCUCAGAAACAAGCACAGCUGCUGUCCUUGCCUACUUGUUCCUGCAUUUGCCGUGGCAAUGGGGAUUUAUAUUAGGUUUUGUUCUAGGUGCAGUCUCCCCUGCUGUGGUGGUUCCCUCCAUGCUGAUUUUACAAGCUGAAGGAUAUGGGGUGGAGAAAGGUGUCCCAACUUUGCUAAUGGCAGCUGGCAGCAUCGAUGACAUUCUGGCUAUCACAGGCUUCAACACUUGCCUUGGGAUGGCUUUCUCCUCUGGUUCUACUCUGUACAAUGUGCUCCGUGGAGUGCUGGAGGUUGCUGUUGGCAUAGCAGCUGGGGGAAUUCUGGGAAUGUUUAUUCGGUAUUUCCCAAGCCAUGAUCAGGCAUCUUUGGCAUGGAAGAGAUCAUGUUUUGUACUUGGACUGUCUGUGUUUGCUGUUUUUGGCAGCAUCUACUUUGGCUUCCCUGGAUCAGGAGGGCUCUGCACAUUAGUCUUAGCUUUUGUUGCAGGUGUGGGAUGGUCUGAUGAAAAGAGGGAAAUAGAAAAAAUUGUGGCAGUUGCAUGGAAUAUCUUUCAACCUUUUCUUUUUGGUUUAAUUGGAGCAGAAGUAUCUGUUACAUCUCUCAGGCCUGAAACUGUUGGGCUCUGUGUUGCUAUAUUAGGCAUUGCCCUAGUUGUGCGAAUCAUAGCAACGUUCCUGAUGGUGUCUUUUGCUGGGUUUAAUUUCAAGGAGAAGGUAUUUGUCUCACUGGCAUGGAUUCCCAAAGCCACUGUCCAGGCUGCAAUAGGUUCUCUUGCCCUGGAUACUGCAAGACAACAUCAAGAUGAGCAACUGGAAAAGUAUGGAAUGGAUGUACUGACAGUGGCUUUCUUGGCUAUCUUGAUCACUGCUCCAGUUGGAGCCCUGGUUAUCGGCUUGGCAGGACCCAGACUUUUGCAGAAGGCUCAGACAAAUAGCAAGGAGGAUGAGGAAGGUGCAGAGAUUGGAGAAGAGGCAGAGGCCUGUGAACCUUCUUAAGAUAGACAACUACAACUACAGCAGACUUGUCCUUCAACCAUGGCACUUUUGUUGAGUAAAGAUGGCAUGUCUCUGAUCUUGCUAGAGGAACCUAAAACUAUCAGUUACCCCUGCUAUUUUUAAAGCAGCCCUAGUGGAGUUCUAUAAAACAUUGUUAUUUGAUGA